AUGUCUGGUGUACGCACAGCGAGUGCUGCGGCCAGCAGGUGUCACACGGCCUCACACUGCCAUCGUGACCUUUGUGCAGGGUGCAAAGGAGAGCCCGGGCUGGACGGCAGGAGGGGCGAGGAUGGCUUCCCAGGGCCUCCUGGGCCUCCGGGACACAGAGGUGACACGGGAGAAGCCGGCUGCCCUGGAGCACCAGGCCCUCCUGGGCCCAUUGGGGAUCCUGGGCCCAAAGGGGUCGGCCUUGGAUACCUCAGUGGCUUCCUCCUGGUUCUCCACAGUCAGACGGAUGGAGAGCCCACCUGCCCCAUGGGCAUGCCCAGGCUUUGGACGGGCUAUAGUCUGCUCUACGUGGAAGGACAGGAGAGAGCACACAAUCAGGACCUCGGUCUGGCGGGGUCUUGCCUCCCGGUGUUUAGCACACUGCCCUUUGCCUAUUGCAACAUCCACCAAGUGUGCCACUACGCCCGGAGAAACGACAGGUCCUACUGGCUGGCCAGCGCCGCGCCCCUGCCCAUGACACCGCUGUCGGAGGAGGACAUCCGCCCCUACAUCAGCCGCUGUGCCGUGUGCGAGGCCCCGGCUCAGGCGGUGGCGCUGCACAGCCAGGACCAGUCCGUGCCCCCGUGCCCGCGGGCCUGGCGGAGCCUCUGGAUCGGGUACUCCUUCCUCAUGCACACAGGCGCUGGGGACCAAGGAGGAGGGCAGGCCCUCAUGUCACCCGGCAGCUGCCUGGAAGAUUUCCGAGCAGCUCCCUUCCUCGAAUGCCAAGGCCGGCAGGGAACUUGCCACUUCUUUGCAAACAAGUACAGCUUCUGGCUGACGGCGGUCAAACCACACUUGCAAUUUUCCGCAGCACCUUCGCCAGAAACCUUAAAGGAAAGCCAGGCCCAGCGCCAGAAAAUCAGCAGGUGUCAGGUCUGCAUGAAGGUUAGCUAGAGAACCCAGGACUCGCCCGCGUGCCACUGAGAGACACUCCCCAGGGGCUCAGUGGUCCCGGGCUGUGCUGAGAUUUAAUGGUGCUUAUUUCCGACUCCUGUGAUAGCGGUUCGUUCUGUUUGAUUGUGUUUAUUCCCACAGUACUGUAUUUCUCUGUUCUGGACAGAUUAAGCAAAUGCUAUGUGUAUGGAUAUGGUUGGACC